UUGGUAUUUGCAAACAAGAGAUCCUCCAGAAGAAGAAAAAUGCUGUUUUGGUGGAUGGGGUCAUCCUAAAUGGUCCGAUAAUGGACUCUAAAGCAGGAGAGAAGUUUGUGGAAGAGGCCUGUAAGAUUAUAAUGGAAGAAGUCAUCCAGAAAGCUGAUGAUGUAACAGAAAAGGUCUGUGAAUGGCAAGCCCCUGAAACACUGAAGCAAGUUCUUGACCUUGAAAUGAGGGACACCGGAGAAUCUCAUCAGAAACUCUUGCAACUCUGCCAGGAUGUUAUAAAAUACAGUGUCAAAACGAGUCAUCCAAGAUUUUUCAAUCAGUUGUAUGCUGGAACAGAUUAUUACUCGUUAGUCGCUCGUUUCAUUACAGAAGCACUCAACCCAAGUGUAUAUACAUAUGAAGUAUCCCCUGUGUUUUUGUUGGUGGAAGAAGCAGUCAUCAAGAAAAUGAUUGAAUUCAUAGGUUGGAAAGAAGGUGAUGGUAUAUUUAAUCCAGGUGGCUCUGUUUCUAAUAUGUAUGCUAUGAACUUAGCAAGAUACAAAUUUUGUCCUGAUAUAAAGGAAAAAGGGCUUUCAGGUUUGCCAAGACUGGUCCUAUUCACCUCAGAAGAG